AUGAAAAAGAAGAGUAGAAAGCAAGCGAUGGAACAACAUGAGCAUCAAGAAGUCGGACUGUCGUCUUCAGGGAAGAGUACCUUGAAGCAUCAGCAUAUGUGCCGGUCUGAACGCACCAGUCAGUCGCCCCUAUCUAUUUCUGUUAGGAUCCACCAGGAUCCGCCAUUGAACUCAAGAGCAAGCUGCGAACCUUCAGCGUCAACCUGCUUGACCUUUUUGGAUCGUCUUCGAGCACGAGGGACAACCUUGCUGCUGACUAUCCACCUGCCGAAGGGACGGAGUCAGAAAAUCAUCGUGAGGGCUCCUUCCGCCCCCUCCACUGGCACCACCGGCACCUUCGCGUGCGCUAUCACCAUGGUCAGCGCCGGGACACUCAUCUGGAUAUCAUGUCGGCCGUUGAUCCGCCUCUUCUCGUGUGUAGCGGGCGGGAUCAUCAUCACGAAAGCCGACAUCUUCCCCCCAGUCGCUGCAAGAGGCGCGAGUCAGAUCGUGCUGAACAUCGCGAUUCCAUGUUUGAUGUUCUCGAAGAUCGUUCCGGCGUUCACUUCAGAGAACGUUAGCACAUUAGGACCGUUGGUGCUCGUCGCGAUCAUUUAUGAGAUAAUGGGUGCUCUCCUCGCUGUGGUCAUCAAGCAGUUCUUCUGGGUGCCGCAUAGGUUUCGGAAUGGGAUCAUCGUGGCGGGUGCUUGGGGUAACGUGGGCGACAUUCCGACUUCUGUGGUCAUGAGUGUAACAGGCGCAGCACCGUUCCACGGCGUGACUGAUCAGAAUCUCGCCAUUGCGUAUAUAUCUGCAUUUAUUCUUGUGUUUCUGGUUACACUCUUCCCUCUCGGGGGACACCAUCUCAUUGCCCAAGAUUACAAAGGCCCGGACGUCGAGAUCGAAGAGACUCGCGAAGCCAUGAAGCAGAAGCGUGUAUCCUGGAUCCUCCCAUUCACGAAAUUUUUGGGCAUUUCAGCAGCCCCAAAGAAGCCUGAUUUGAAACACCCUCAAGAUGUUCUGUCUGAGAAGGUCGAGUCGAGUCCAGUUGUUCAUGAACCAGCACCCCGGCGAAGGCACGUCGCCUUCAUCGAUGACGCGACAACAGUCGUACCAACCGAAGGGGCAUCUUCGCCAGUAUGCUCUCCUCCGCCAACCGAGAUCGACGUGCUGCCUCGAAUAGAUUCUUUGGACAGAAUCGCCAGCACAACCGGCGUCGAGGCCUGGAAAUCCGGUACCCCGACGAAGGUGCUGGUCUCACAGGAGGUUUUGCCGACCCAUCGCACGCCGACGCCCUCGCUUUCUUCGCCCGAACCUCCUCGUACUUGGUCUCGCUUCUUGAGUAAAAAAGCGAUCUCGUCGUUCCUCAAGUCGUUGUUCAUCCCGCCAUCUGUCUCGAUCCUUCUUGCAUUCCCAAUCGCCAUCGUACCAAAGCUCAAGGCGCUGUUCGUCGAGGUGCCCGGAACGUACAUGCCCGCUGCUCCAGACGGACAACCACCUCUCGCGUUCAUCCUCGACGCAACUACCUUCAUCGGCGCAGCUUCAGUCCCUUUGGGACUCAUAUGUCUCGGGUCGUCUCUUGCCCGCUUGCCCAUACCGAAACGGGGAGAGUGGAAAAUGCUGCCCUUGGGUGCUAUUUCCUGGCUUGCGAUUGGGAAGAUGAUUCUGAUGCCCGUCUUGGGUGUCCUGAUGUGCGAAGGACUGACAACUGCGGGUAUUAUUGACGAGGACGACAAAGUGUUGCGAUUUGUGUGCAUAUUCCUUUCUUGCCUUCCGACGGCCACGACACAAGUGUUUUUGACGCAAGUUUACAGUGGAACAGGAAGUGCAGAGCACCUGUCGGCCUUCUUGAUCCCUCAAUACAUUAUCAUGUUCAUUUCCAUGACCGCUGUAAUCGCCUAUACCUUACAGCUACUUUUCUGA